AUGCCGCGGCCAGAUUUGCUGAAUCCAUCGCCCGGGGAUGUUGUCCAUGUUGGGCCUCCAAGCGUCUGCUUGGAUGAUGCCGAUACGGAUGCCGACCAUCCGUUGCCAUCCGACGCGGAUCGCCGCAAGGAGUUGGCCCAGAGCUUCAAAACUCACAUGCAGGGCCUAUCCAUGGUGUUCAACGAGCUGCUGAACCAGCACGAGUCUUCCCUUCAGGUCACCUUCACCGGCUCCACUCCACUUUCAGCCUCCCGAUCUCUCCUCAACUCAUGGAAGCACGAGUCGAGGGCCACGGUGAAGCCCGACGCCAAGCUUUGCGCCAGCCACAGCCUGGGCCUGGAGGUUCUGCCGGUGGCUGAGAAGGUUCGAAGGCCGAGCAUGCGAAUGAACAGCAGCUUUGCACUGCCUGGCGAGUACUUCAGCACGGCCGACAAGGAGCUGAACCACGAGACCCUGCAGAUCAUCGAGAAGCAGUACGAGCGCCUGGACUCUGAGAGCAACGGCAAAGUCCUCACCGGUGACCUGAAACGAGUGGUGAACACUUAUGCUGGUGGCUGGGAGAUUGAAGACAUGCUUGGUCUGCUCCGCGUCCUCAACGAAAGCACGCGGCCAGAGAAGAGCGUGAGCGCGAAGCUCAAGAAGUUUCGCAACCAGGUCGAAGACAACGUCGAAAUUGACUUCGACUCCUUCAAGGCGCUGGUGAGUGACGACUCACUGCUUGGAGACAAGUACAACCUCACGGUGCAUCGCGAUGUGAAGAUCCUGCGAGAAGCACUGAAGGCCGAGGAAAAUCACAACCGCUACCUUGACGAUGGCAAUGCCGACAAGAAGCGAUCGGAAACCCGCUGGGCUACCUUCCAGCGGAGAGCUACCCUCUUCUUCGAUGUCAUCCCGCCGCUGGUGAUCGUCGUCAACAUCCUGCUGAUUGGCGUGUCGGUGAACAACCAGAGUGCCAUGAGUGAGGAGGACAAGCAAAUGUGGCAGGCUGUGGAGAUCACGUUCCUCUCGUUCUACUUGCUGGAGGCCUUCGGAAAGAUGUUCGUGUAUUCCUUCCGAUGGUACUUCUGCGGCCCAGACAAGUGGUGGAACAUUUUCGACUUCUGCUGCAUCCUCUUGUCCAUGGCGGAUGUGUCCAUCUUUCUCUAUGUGCAGCUGCAACAGGUCAAAGACAAUCCGCUGGACCUCCAAGUCGUCAUGCUGAUCAAGAUGCUACGCCUGGCACGACUAGCGCGGCUGAUCCGGACGCUGCGCUUUGAGAUAUUCUAUGAGCUGAAGCUCAUGGUGCUUGGUGUCAUCAGCGGCAUGAGAGUUUUGGGCUGGGCGAUGGUCCUGUUGGCUUCCAUGAUCUACUCGGCAGCCAUCUUCACCACGAGCAUGUUCGGCCUAUCCGAACUGGUUGACGAUGAAAUGAGCACUGUGGCAAACUCCAUGUUUACGCUGUUCCGUUGCUUUACGGACGGCUGCGUGGCCCGAGAUGGCCGUCCAUUAAAUGAGCUCCUUGCCCAGGAGUGGGGCCUGAUAUGGGUGAUUCCGUAUGUGUUCAUGUACGUCGGCGUGACGUUGGGCCUGUUCAACCUGAUCAUGGCGAUCUUCAUCGACAACGUCAUGGCCAACCAAAUGCAGCGGAAGCUUCAGGAGAUUUCGAACACCGCGGCCAACGUGGAGGUGGAUAUCAAGGAGCAACUGCUUCGGCUAACGCUCCUGAGCAAGACCUUUGGCAUUCCCGAGGAGAUAGAACGCGAGAUCAAAGCCCUUGACGGCCACUUCAGCAGCAACGUCGCACGCACGCGAGCGAAGUUCGAAGCGCUCAUCGGGGCCAAGGUUGUGAUCACCAAAGCUGCGUUCCUCUCCUGGCUGACGGAUCCGGAGUUCUUGCGUGUUUUGAAGGAUGCGGACAUUGAGACUGCGAAUCAGUCAGGAAUUUACGAAGUUCUCGACGCGGACAUGAGCAACAGCCUAAGCAUUGAGGAGGUCUUUGUUGGCCUAAUGAGGUUACGCGGGCCCAUCGCAAAGUCUGAGAUCGUAGGCUUGAUCCUGAGGCUACGCCACGUCACAAUGAUGAUGAAUGGUAUGAACCCAGAGGACGAGUGA